AUGUGUCAAACAGGAACUGAAACUCUGAGGCAACGGCCCGUUGCGGGCAAAUCCAAAGAUACCCUUGUCAGUGGUACUACUGACCGUAACCAGGAGAAUCGGCCGACAACGACGGAUCCAACCAAGAAGGAAGGCAAGCGAAAACUGAACAACCCCGUUUGGUCUUCCACUCUACCUUUCUACCCUCCGUCAGACAAAUACUGGAGGAUUGGGAACACCUGGUAUGACCUUUCGUCCUUCAAUCAUCCUGGAGGGAAACAAGUGCUGGAGUUAUCCAGGGAUCGAUUUGAAGAUGCCACCUUUGCCUUCGAAGCGCAUCACCACGACUACCAGCGGGCCAGAAAGAUCCUUCAGAAAUACCGAGUCCCUGAUGAAGUGAUUGCCAAAGAGAAAGAUCACUUUGUGGAUCGUCCUACACGCGAAGAAAGCAGCCAAGCCAGAUUCGCUGGUCCUCGCCCUACACACCAUGACAGACUCCUGGAUGCCAACAAUUAUCCUAAUUUGGCGGACGAUGACGCUUUCUACUCAGUUCUGCGUCGUCGAGUAGCAGCUUAUCUACGAGACGUCGGCUGCAAGGACGGUGGACCCACAUGGGCCUGUAUUGUCUUUUUCUGGUCCACCUUUUUCACCUGGCUCUCCGGUAUGUGCUUGACCUAUCACACUGGAUCCUACUGGUGGGCUGCCUUUACUGGAUUCUUUGGUGCCUGGUUGUGCUCUUUUGGCCAUAACUGGACCCAUCAACCAAAGUACAAAAAUUGGGGCUGGGGCAUCUUGUCCCUCGACAUGUGCGGAUAUUCCAGUGAAGGUUGGUUCCGUGAUCAUGUCCUUCAGCACCACAUGUUCACCAACACGCCCUGGGAUCAUCAUUUGCAUUGUAUGGAUCCCUUUCUCUUGACGGAUCCGUGUACCCCUCGAAACUUUGUCCAGAGGAACAUUAGUCCGUAUCUGUUCCACGCCUUUUUCUCCUGGGGGAGCUACUUCAACUACUUCUUCCAUACGGUGUGGCUGCUGCAGGGCUGGGAGGAGUGGAGUAUUGGCAAGCCCAUCUUUUUGAUAGAACACUAUCUGUUCUGGCAAAAGUGGGGAUUCCAUGGACUUUGCCUCGUGCUCGCUACCAACGCCGUGGUGGCCAACUACUUCUUCACGUUGUCCUGGAUGAACCACAAUGCGGAAGAGACAAAAGACGUCAAGGCGCGAAAUGAAUCCAAAGACUGGGGCGAAGCUCAACUGCGUUCUUGUGCGGAUUGGUCGGUCCAUCUCAACUUUUUCCAGUCCAUGAUCUAUCUCAACCUCAAUUAUCAUACGUUACAUCACAUGUUCCCCAAGGUGGACUUUUGUCAUUACCCCAAUAUCCAAAGGAUUAUGGAAGAUACUUGCCAAGAUUUUGGCAUUGAAUACGCCCAUUACAAGAACCCUCUGAAACUCUACUGGAACAUGAUUUUGACCUUUGGAGAAAACCCAUCGUCUGUGAAAGAAAUUUUGGUGUAUGGAGGUGGUGCCAUCUAA